UUGGUUCAUCAACUAAUAAAAGGCCAUGCGAUGUUCUUUAUGUUCCACUCAAAAUGAUCAUCAUCAUCUUCUUCAUGGUUGUGAUGACUUCUUCUUCUUCUUCUUUUGCAUAUUCUGCUUCCCUUCGGGAAGAAGCAGAAGGUCUUCUGAAAUGGAAGUCCGCUUUCUCCAGACACAGUCAUGUGUUGUCUCCAUGGAACAACAAGAGCAGCCACAGUCUGUGCACCAAUUGGUUUGGUGUUUCAUGCAACUCUCUGGGCAGUGUCGUAAGGUUGAACCUCUCUCAGACCGCUAUCGAAGGUACUCUUCAUGGUUUCCCCUUCUCUUCUCUUCCCAACCUUGUUCAUCUUGACUUGUCCAUUAACCAGUUAUCAGGAGAAAUCCCACGAGAGCUCUGUCUGUUACGAAGCCUCGAAAUCCUUUAUCUCUAUCGAAACCGUUUAAACGGCUCGAUCCCUCCAUCCAUUAGUCUCCUAUCUUCGCUUCGAGAACUCGACCUAUCCACCAACUCCCUUACCGGGCAUUUACCCUCUUCGGUUGGAAAUCUGACCAACUUGGCCACGUUGUACCUCAACAGAAAUUCCCUCACCGGUCCUAUCCCCCAUUCCAUUGGUCUCCUUUCUUCACUACAAAAUCUUGACCUAGCACGUAACUCACUUACAGGGCAUAUACCCUCUUCAUUUGGAAACCUGACCAGUUUGGUCACGACAUACCUCUCUAACAAUUCCCUCAGCGGUUUUAUCCCUCCAGCGAUCACAAAUUCUUUGGAGCUGAAUAUCCUGCAACUUAGCCUCAACUACUUCACCGGUUUCUUGCCAGAAAACAUCUGCAAAGGCGUUAAGCUUAGGGCUCUCAUGUUGGCAGAUAAUCGUCUCAGUGGUAAAAUCCCUAAAACCUUGAGAGAUUGCAAAAGCUUGGUUAGACUAAGACUUGACGGAAACGAAUUCGAUGAAGAUUUAUCUGAUAAUUUCGGGGUUUACCCUAAUCUUGAUUAUAUUAACCUUAGCCACAAUAAGUUUCAUGGUGAAAUUUCAGCCAAGUGGAAAGAGAGUCGAAAGCUGAAUGCAUUAAUCAUCUCUGAUAACAAGAUCACAGGUGCAAUACCUUCAGAGAUUUGGAACAUGAAAAAUCUAAAACAACUUGAUCUAUCUUCAAACUACAUCUCUGGUGAACUUCCAGAAACCAUUAGAAGUGUUAGCAAUCUGUCGAGGAUGAAUCUUAGUAGGAAUCGAUUAUCUGGAAGAAUCCCUUUAGGAAUAGGAUCUCUAAUCAAUCUUGAGUAUCUCGACUUAUCUUCAAAUAAAUUCAUACUCCAAAUCCCAAAGACUAUUGGAAACCUAUCUAAAGUUUACGACAUGAACUUGAGUCUAAACAACUUAGAUGGAGGCAUCCCCAUCGAGAUAUCAAAGCUUCAACAACUAUCAACGCUUGAUCUUAGCCAAAAUCAAUUGGACAGUGAAAUCCCACAACAGAUAAGCUUUCUAUCGACCCUCGACACGUUGGAUCUCUCUUACAACAAUCUCUCGGGUAUCAUCCCGACAAGUUUCAAGGAUAUGCGUGGUCUGAGAGUCAUCAAAGUAUCACAUAAUAACCUUGAGGGUCCGAUUCCAGAUAACUUUGCAUUUCGAAAUGCUAAUGCGGAGGCAUUAGAGGGCAACAAAGGGUUGUGCAGUGAUUUCAAACAAGGAUUCAGGUCUUGCCCUGUUGUUUACUUGGGAAGAAAGAAAUCUUCGGAAAAGGAGAAAUUCUUGGUGUUAUUCUCGACCUUUGGAGUGAUUGUAGUUCUCUCUGUGUGUGUUGGAGCUGUCAUCUUCAUCCGAAGAAGAAGACAACGCCAAUCUAAUGGAAAUGCAGAUUCGGAGGCUGUGUUACAGUUCUUGGUGACAAACUUUGAUGGAAAACUUGCAUACCGAGAGGUCAUCAACUCCACGGAGGAUUUUGAUCAAAAGUAUCUCAUUGGAACAGGAAGAUGCGGAAGCGUCUACAUAGCAAGGCUUCCGGGUUUGACGUUAGCUGUCAAAAAGCUCAACGAGAUGGCGAACGACGAGAUAUCAACUCCCGAAAUCCAACGCGAGUUCUUGAACGAGAUACAAACAUUAACGGAAAUUCGCCACCGUAACAUUGUGAAGCUUUUCGGCUUUUGCUCCCAUCGCCGCCAUUCGUUCCUAGUGUGUGAGUACUUGGAAAAAGGAAAUCUAGCAAAAACAUUGGCACACGAAGAAGAAGCCAAAAGGCUUGAUUGGAGGAAGAGGAUUAAUAUCGUGAAGGGUGUUGCUCACGCGCUCUCAUACAUGCACCAUGACCGCUCACCGGCGAUUGUACACCGUGACAUCACCAGCGGCAAUGUCCUCUUGGACGAAGAAUAUGAGGCUAAGGUAUCGGAUUUUGGUACGGCAAAACUCCUCAAGGCAGACUCUUCAAACUGGUCUGUUGUUGUGGGAACCUACGGCUACAUGGCACCAGAGCUAGCUUAUACGAUGAAGGUGACGGAGAAAUGCGACGUGUACAGUUUCGGAGUCCUAACGCUCGAAGUGUUGAGAGGCUCUCAUCCGGGAGACUCGAUUUCUUCGUAUUCGCUAACCGAAGAGAACAUCAUAUUGAGUGACUUAUUGGACCAGCGCUUGCCAUUUCCAUGGCGCAUCGAAGAGAAGCUCCAACAGAUUGUGAGAAUUGCGUUCCAGUGUGUGCAAUCUGAUCCAUUGUCUCGACCGACCAUGCUUUCCAUCUCCAACGCUCUGUCGUAGAGAAAAUGGACGUUUAUCGUUGGUACGUAAUUAAUUGGUGAUGAUAACACAUAUAUAUAGGGAACAUCAAGAGGAGAUUACAAUUCACCAGUUCGUUGUGGACUA